UUAGUCUGUGUCAUGUCCUUGUCUUUCUAACUGGGAGUUAAAAACAGACCCUCCUCUAUCUCUCUCUCUCGGGCUAGUCCAUUCUCAAAUUUCUCUUUACACAGCUUUCUACAGAGAGAGAGAGAGAGAGAGGUCAUAGUGGAAGUUGAAUUGGUUCAGUUGAAUUGGUUUGGUCAGGCCAGAAGAAUGUCUUUUUUUUGCCCCUUUUAUCUUCUUCUCUUUCGACUUUCCUUUUCUUGACACAACUAUUUGUGGGUCUUCGAGUUUCUGUAGUCCUUCUUCAAAAGACUGCACCUUUGUUUUCUUGAGGAUUCUCCAAUGGGUCUUGUUUUCAAAAGUUUCCCUCUUUGACUGGUGCCGAUUUUGUCUUCUUCUUUUUCAAGCAGGGUGCUUCGUGUUGCUGAUUCUUUCUUUCAGUCUGUCUUUAUGAUAUGCAUACAGUUCUUGAUACUAUUUAAUUCCAUUUCAUGUUUAUUUAUUAUUAAUUUACCUGUUGGUGUGUUACAUGGUUUCUCCUCGUGUUUUUUUUUCUUUUUUCUUUGACCAUUUUAUAAGACUUAGAUAAUGACACAGAGCAUCAUACCCGUUAGACUGAUAAUAAUUAUUAAUACUUUUUGUCAAAUAUUUUAAACUUAUCUUCUGUGUUGUGUUUAACAGGAUAUCUGUGUCUUCUCAGCCAUGAAUCAUUGCAUUCCUGAUUGGAAUCUUGAGGGUGAUCUUCCUGUCUCCAAUCAGAAGAACCCCAUAGAGCCAGACAAUGAGCUAGUAGAGCUGCUAUGGCGAAAUGGGCAGGUGGUUAUGCACAGCCAAACACAAAGAAAACCAAAUCCUCACGUUCAAAAACAUGAUUCACCAACAGUAAGGGGCUAUGACUCAACUCUGAAUUCAAGUCAUUUGAUUCAAGAUGAUGAGACAGUUUCUUGGAUUCAUGACCCUCUUGAAGAUUCCUUUGAAAAGGAGUUCUGUUCCAAUUUUUUCUCCGAAUUGCCACCACCGCUUUCUGAUCAAAUUUCAGAAGAAAAGUCGGCUAAAUUUGAUGCCUCGAAAACUUCACAUCAGCAACAACAACUCAACAACAACAAGCAUCCAGUGGUUCCUGAAUUUCCAGGAAACCCAAUGCCCCCUCCAAGAAUUCAAGUCCAGGAGCAAAAUCAUAUUAGUGUAGGAGGAUUUGGUAAAGCUGUUAAUGUUAACUUUUCUCAGUUCUCAGCUCCCUUAAAAGUGGGUGAUUUUAGAUCUUCAAGUCGACAAUUUGGAGGACAGGGGUCUGGAGAUUUUUCACAAGGAGAGGCCAGGGAGUGCUCGGUGGUGACAGUAGGGUCAAGCAACCAAACUCCACGUGACCGUUUCCUGAGCCGUGCUUCUGGUAAUGCUAUUGAGACCGGUACAGGCUUGUCUGCCGGACCCUCCAUAGAUGAUCCACGAAAAGUAAUCUCCCAGAGCGAGAGAGGCAAAGGUGAUCAGACACUUGAUCCCACUGCUACUUCAUCAUCAGGUGGGUCAGGUAGUAGUUUUGCUAGAACAUGUAAGCAAUCUGCAGUACCUAGUCGUGGCCAGAAAAGAAAGACCAUGGACGCGGAGGAAUCUGAGUGCCAAAGUGAGGAUGCCGAACUUGAUUCAGCAGUGGCAAACAAGCCAGCCAAACGAUCAGGAUCUACCCGCAGGAGCCGUGCUGCUGAAGUGCAUAACCUCUCAGAAAGGAGACGGAGGGAUAGAAUUAAUGAGAAGAUGAGAGCAUUGCAAGAGCUCAUACCUCACUGCAACAAGGUAAUGUGGAUGGGAAGUGGGAUUGUCCCAGUGAUGUUUCCAGGAGUGCAGCAUUUCAUGUCCCGCAUGGGAAUGGGAAUGGGAAUGGGCCCGCCUCCUUUGCCUUCUAUGCAAAAUCCUAUGCAUUUGCCUAGGGUCCCACUUGUUGAUCAAUCCAUUUCUAUGACUCCCACACAGAACCAGGCAGUUAUUUGCCAAACUCCAGUAUUGAAUCCAGUUAAUUAUCAAAAUCAGAUGCAAAAUCCUACUUUCUCUGAUCAGUAUGCACGUUUCAUGGGUUUUCAUAUGCAAGCUGCUUCUCAGCCCAUGAAUAUGUUCCGGUUUGGCUCGCAAACAGUACAGCAGAACCAAAUGAUGGCACCACCAAACAGUGGCGGUGGACCCUUGAGUGCUGGAACUGCAGCCAGUGAUGCUCCUCCGAGUGGCAAGACGGGUUAAAUGGCGAUAUGUAUUCUGAUCGGGUGUUUCUGGUCCCCUGGACGGAUAAAUUAGGAGAAUUGCAGAGCGGUGGAUGCAACUUCCUGUUGGAUAUGUGAAGCAUUUAAUUCCUCACCAAUCAUCUGCCUACUACUGAAAUAGAUGCGGUCAUAUUUUCUCUGUACAUGUCCCUGAAAGAUAGCUGUUACCAUGUUCUAAAUAUAUCCCAUCAACUUCAAACGUGUUUUGUAACCAUUUUUUAUUGAAUGAAAUAGUUACGUAUAA